CACAAGCAAACCCCCUAAUCACUGUCGAAAAAUCCUUCAGUAUAUACUGUCGUUAUUAGGGAGUAGAGAAUGAGUGAAUAAUUCCAAACGCAGCGGCUGGAGGUAGAUGGGGAGGGGAGACGCUUGGAGCGUGGAGGCAGUGGCUCUCUGACCUCACUUUUGAAAGACAUUCACUCCCACUCUCUCCCUCUCUUUCUUCCUCUGUCUCGCUCUAUAUUUCUGCAUCACGCUCUCGGUCGCAAAGCAGCCAAGCGGGAACACGGAGGAGCCGACACCUUGCCGGAAAUUCUGCGGCGCAUCAUGUUCUUGUCUUCUUCUGCCAUGCACGUGUGAGGGACACUUUACUGCGAGUGACAAGAAGGCUGUGAGAUUCAUCUACGUCGUCCAGUUUCAAGGUGAAGAGUCAUGGCCACAGGAGUUUUCAUGCGCUGCCUCCUCGUCAGCGCCUUACUCGGCUUCUCGGCCGCCGGCCUCGUGAAAAGGAUGCUCCGGCAUCGUCGCCAGAUCCCUCUGGAGCACAACGUCACCUCGCCCGGCGUGGACCACCAGCCUGUGGUCUUUAACCAUGUCUACAACAUCAACGUCCCAGCUGGCCACCUAUGCUCCGUUGACCUGGACGCCGCAGAGAGCAUAGCACCCUCAGAAACCGCCAUGACCUCCGGCCGCCACCUUUCUGCGGAAGGGGAGAGCCAGAUCAUCUUCACCCACCGCAUCAACAUCCCUCGCAGGGCGUGUGGCUGCGCCGCCGACCUGCCGCGUAUCCUAGACCUGAUGAGCCGUAUCGAGAUGCUGGAGGGUGAAGUGUCAGCGUUGAGGAGUCGGUGCGGGGGUGGUGAGGGAGUGUGUUGCACCGCACAGGCAAUAGGGAACGUGAGAACCAGGCCUUUGUGCGGCGGACAUGGAAACUAUAGCACGGAGACGUGCAGGUGCACAUGCGAGCCCGGCUGGAAGGGAGCCAACUGCUCUGAGCUUGAUUGUCCCGAGGGUUUCACCGGGGAUGACUGCUCUCGGAGCAUCUGCCCUGAAAACUGCCGAGAUCACGGGCAUUGUGUUGGCGGCAAGUGUGUUUGCAAGGAGCCCUGGAUCGGUUUGGACUGCUCCGAACUGAUUUGCCCCAAAGACUGCUUUGGUCGUGGGCUCUGCGUAAAUGGAACCUGCCACUGUGAGCCCGGUUUCUCCGGGGAGGACUGCAAACAGCUCACCUGUCCCGCCGACUGCCACGGUAACGGCCUCUGUAUCGACGGCCGCUGCGCGUGCACGGCGGGUUACGGCGACGACGACUGCUCCCGUCUCACCUGCCUCAACGACUGCAACGACAGAGGUACCUGCUUCAACGGGAUGUGCAUCUGCGACGACGGGUAUCAAGGCGACGACUGCAGCCAGUUAGCGUGUCCGAACGACUGCAACGGCCGAGGCCAGUGCGUCAACGGGAAGUGCGCUUGCGACGUCGGCUUCCAAGGAGAAGACUGCAGCGAGAUUUCCUGCCCGAAAGAUUGCCUCCAGAAGGGACGCUGCAUCAAUGGGCAAUGCGUGUGCCAAGAGGGCUUUGCUGGCGAGGAUUGCAGUGUCAAGACGUGCCCCUCAAACUGCUACGGUCGUGGCGAGUGCAUCGAGGGCCGCUGCGAGUGCCACGCCGGCUUUACCGGGAAUGACUGCGCCCUGCUGAGCUGCCCUAACAAUUGCGAGAACCGCGGGCGCUGCCUCGACGGGCAGUGCGUGUGCGACGAAGGUUUUGCCGGUGAGGACUGCGGUCGGAAGGCGUGCCCAAAUGACUGCCUGGCUCGCGGCCACUGCAACGAUGGCGUGUGCGUCUGUCAGGAGGGCUACUCGGGCCACGACUGCUCUCGGCUCACCUGUCCGGAUAAGUGCAACAGCAGGGGGCACUGCGUCAAGGGAAGGUGCGAGUGUGAGAGCGGGUAUGAAGGGGAGAGUUGCGCAGAACGGAGCUGCCUCAAUGGAUGCCACGACAGAGGACAUUGCGUUGACGGUCAAUGCGUCUGCGAUGAAGGUUACAUCAGAGACGACUGCUCUGAAGUGUCUCCUCCAAAGGAUCUCACUGUGGGUGAGGUCAGCACAGAGACGGUGGACUUAUCCUGGAUCAACGACAUGCUGGUGACCGAAUACCUCAUCACAUACGUGCCCACCCAGCCCGGCGGGCUGCUUUUGAACAUUACCGAGCCCGGAGACCAAAAUACCGCCACGGUCAAAGAGCUGGAGCCGGGUUUAGAGUACGACAUCAAUGUGUAUGCAGUUCUGAGCAACAAGAGGAGCGUGCCUGUUAGCGCCAGGGUGGCCACAGCUCUUCCACAGCCAGAAGGUUUGAGAUUCAAGUCUGUGAGGGAGAACGCCGUCGAGGUUGUGUGGGAACAGCUGAACGUUCCUUUCGAUGGCUGGGAGAUCUACUUCCGUAACAUGAAAGAAGACAAUGGAAAGGUGGUGAGCACAGUUCCCUCAUCUCAAAACCGCUUCGUCCAGUCAGGCCUCGGUCCAGGUCAGGAGUAUGAGGUGUCCAUCAGCGUGAUAAAGAACAACAACAAGGGACCACCAGCGAUCCAACAAGUCACAACCAGCAUUGACCCCCCACGGCAGCUCCAGGUGCUGGAUGUGAGCGACUCCUCAGCGCUGAUCAACUGGUCUGAUCCCGUGGCAGAGACGGACCGGGUGACUCUAUUUUACAAGCCCAGCCAAGCCUCUUCCGAGGGCGCCAAAGUGGAGAUCUUCCCACUGGACAAGCAGCACAGCCUGGAGGGCCUGAAGCCCGACACUGAGUACACGGUGUCGCUUGUGGCUCGCAGCCGAGACGUCAGCAGCGAACCAGCGGCCAUCACCUUUACCACAGCACUGGAUGCUCCCAGGGAGCUGCUGGCCAUCCUGCAAACAGAAGACAGCAUCACGCUGAGGUGGCGCAACAGUCAGGCCGAUGUGGACAGCUAUCGUGUGAAAUACAGCCCGUUAUCUGGCGCGGCCCACGGCGAGGAAGUGUUACCACGAGGACCAGGAGAAACCACCAUGGCCACAAUUACAGGGCUGAAGGCAGGGACCGAGUACGGGAUUGGCGUGACCGGCGUGAAGAACGAGCGGGAAAGCCUGCCAGCUACCAUAAACGCAGCGACCGACCUGGACCCUCCCCGAGAUCUGGAGCAAACAGUGUCCACUGAGACAUCCAUCAGCAUUCGGUGGGAGAAGCCACACGCCAAGGUGUCGCGAUACCGGUUGGUGUAUGUUUCCAGAGACGGACAAGUCGAGGAGACGGUGAUCCCUGCCUCCGAGACUACGUUCGUUUUACCUGACCUGACUCCGGCGACAAGUUACACAGUAACGUUGACAGCAGAGCGAGGCCACAGGAUGAGCUCGCCGGUCACUCUGGCUGCAUCCACAGAGGCGGCGAGGCCCUCCGUGGCCAACCUCACCUUCUCUGACGUAACGUGGGAAGGCUUCACGGCCUCUUGGAGCCCCUUGGGCGGCGACUUUGACAGCUUUGUGGUGGAGGUAACAAACUUGGACAAUACGGCACAGAGCCAGAACCUGAGUGUGUCGGGCGGCGCACUCAGCCUGGGACUCUGGGGCCUGAACGCCAACACCAGCUACAUGGUGGGCCUGUACCCUCUCUACCGGGGCGCCUUCUUGGAGCCCGUGUACGCCGAAGCCACCACAGCGCGUCAGCCGUCGCUCGGCCAACUUUCCGUGUCCAACGUGACGUCCGAAAGCUUCUCGGUGGUCUGGAACCACACUGAGGGCCGCUUGGACGGUUUUGUACUGGAGAUUAUUGAUUCUGAUUGGCUGAUGGAGCCAAGGGAGUAUAACCUGUCCCGCCUUGUGACGGCACAGCAAGUGUCGGGGCUGCGGCCCAGCUCAGACUAUGUAGCCUACCUCUACGGGACGUACAAGGGAACCCGGACGAGCGCUGUCAGUGUUGUAGCGACCACAGCUGAAGAGCCAGAUUUGUCCCGGCUAGUUGUUGCUAACGUUACCUCAGACCGAGUGUCUCUGACGUGGCGGGCGGGCGCCAAGGCAUUUGAUAACUUUGUAGUAGAAGUCAGAGAGUCUGCUUUGCCCUCGCAGGCGAUGGGUCAGGCCCUGCCAGGCCACGCGCGCUCCACAGUCAUGGCCGGCCUUAAAGCCCGUACACGCUACGACAUAAAGCUGUACGCCAGCACCGGCGGCCACAACACGUUUCCGCUUUUCGCUGUCGCUACAACAGAGGACGCCCCCUUGUUAGGGCCCGUGACCGCUCAGUCUACCGGUCCGCAUAACCUCAGUGUGAGCUGGAGUAUCGCGUCCGGCCACUUUGAUGGCUUUGUUGUCCGAGUCGGUGACGCCGAGCAACAGUCUGAGCCGCAGGAGUUCAGUCUGCCUGGCCACGCUGCUAACGUUACCGUCGCCAACCUGAUGGAUGCCACGGGCUAUAAUGUGGAAGUUUACGGCUUUUCUCACGGCCGCCGCACUCCCUCCACGCUAGUCCACGCUGCCACAGCACCUUUGCCCAAAGUGGAAAACCUGACCGUUUCCAACGUCACCCCCUUCGGCUUCCGUGUGUCAUGGGGGGUGAAGCAGCGGCAGCCGCGGGACGAAUCGGCGCCCUCCGCAGGCGCUUUCGUCCUCUUUAACGUAGUGGUGACCGACUCAGGCUGGCUUCUGGAGCCUCAGGAGUUCACGGUGCCCGGAAACCAGACCCACCUGGACGUGUGGGGGCUCAUCACCGGUAUAGGCUAUGAGGUCAGGCUGACGGGGGUGUCAAAGGCGGGGCUCCUCUCUCGGCCCCUCACCGCAGUGGCCGUCACAGAGGCGGAACCGGAGGUGGAGCAUCUCUUUGUCUCUGAUAUCACGGCCGACGGUUUCCGUGUGUCGUGGACGGCGGACGAAGACCUCUUUGACAGAUUUGUGAUCAAACUACGGGACAGCAAAAGAUUAUCCCGUCCUCAGGAGCACAGUGUUCACGGCGGCGAGCGAACCAGGCUAAUCACUGGACUCAUGGCAGGCACAGAGUAUGAAAUUGAACUUUACGGCCUUUCGUUGGACCACCGCUCCCAACCGAUCUUUGGGGUUGCUCAGACAGGCCUGACAACUCCGAAGGGCCUUCGUUUCUCUGACGUGACAGACUUGUCAGCCGUGGUCCACUGGUCCAUGCCUCAGUCUGCAGUCGACAACUAUCACAUCACCUACAUGCCAUUUGAGGGAGGAAGCCAGAUGAGCGUAACUGUGGACGGCAACGUGCUGCAAGCUUUGCUGCCCAACAUGAGUCCUGGCAGGAUGUACCAGGUGACUGUUAGUGCCGUGAAGGGUCUUGAGGAGAGUGACCCCAGCGGUGAUGUCGUAACCACUGCUUUGGACAGACCUCAGGAUCUGACCACGGUUAACGUCACGGACGGCUCCGCUCUGCUGCGAUGGAAACCAUCCGUGGCCACGGUGGACGAAUACAUGAUAACUUAUAGUUCUGAGUCAGUUUCCCCGACCGUGGAGCGUGUUGCCGAAACCGAGUUGGAGAUUGGCUCGUUGCUUCCAGGAACGCUCUACACCGUGGAGCUCGUCGCCACCAGAGAGGCGCAGAUGAGCGCCUCUGUCUUGACAGAAUUUACCACCAAGGUGGACUCCCCUCGAGACCUGGUGGCCAUCAACAUUGAAACGGACAGCGCCACCCUGACAUGGAGACCCCCACAGGCCGCCGUCAGCGGUUACUCCCUGACCUUCUCUGCGGCGGAUGGGAUGACCCGGGAGGUCAUGCUGAGUCCGACCGCCACCUCGUACAACAUGGCCCAGCUGGCCGGCUCCACAGAGUACACAGUCCGACUGCAAGCCGUCGCCGGAGCUGAGAGAAGUCGCCACGUAACCGCCGUCUUUAGUACAGUUGGCCAGUUGCACAAGUACCCAAAAGACUGUGCACAGAUCUUCCUGAAUGGCGAGCGCGCGACAGGCGUGUACACCGUCUACGUGGGCGGCGUGGAGAGCCAAGUCAUCCAGGUCUCCUGUGACAUGGACACAGACGGCGGAGGAUGGAUGGUCUUCUUGAGACGGCAAAACGGGAAGUUAGAGUUCUUCAGGAAUUGGAAGAACUACACUGCUGGUUUCGGUAACGUGAACGACGAGUUCUGGCUGGGUCUUAGCAACCUCCACAAGAUCACAUCUGCUGGCCAGUAUGUGCUGCGCGUGGACCUGAGGGACAGCGGAGAAUCCGCCUACGCUCAGUACGACAAGUUCUCCAUUGCAGAGCCCAGAACGCGCUAUAAGAUUUACAUUGGGGCUUAUAGCGGGACGGCAGGCGACUCCAUGACGUACCACCAGGGCCGUCCCUUCUCCACCUUCGACAACGACAACGACAUCGCCGUCACCAACUGCGCUCUGUCCUACAAGGGAGCCUUCUGGUACAAAAACUGCCAUCGUGUCAACUUGAUGGGAAAAUACGGAGACAAGAGUCACAGUAAGGGCAUCAACUGGUUCCACUGGAAGGGCCACGAGACCUCCAUCGAGUUUGCAGAGAUGAAACUCCGACCGACCGACUUCGGGAAUCCAGAGAGCAGGAAGAAAAGAUCGUAGGGUCCGACGUGAAAACUUCCUCUCCUCCAGAUAUUCACCGCAAAAAAACAAAAAAAAAACAAAAACAAAAAAACACACACAACUCGCGUGGGCCCAAUCCUCCAGGGACAAACGUUAAUUCUACAUGAUCCAUUUGGUCAAAGGCACAUCAUCCGCAACAUCGUCAGUGGCAUGUUAUAUAUGUUGAAAUAUGAAGAUGAACUCUCCAUAAGUCGUCAUUAAAUUGAGUUGUUUUUUUUUUAUGUAGUAGGAAUUGUAAAAUUUCAGCGCAAAUUAAAAUGUUGGUUUGAUUUGAAAAAAAGAAAAGAAAUGUGCAUGUCGUUUCCGCUGACAGCCAGCAGGUGGCAGUGUUGACCAGUUGAGGGCAGGGCUUCAUUUCAUCAGCUUCAGUACUUUUUGCAUAAAAACGUCAUGAGAUCUGUUUAAAAGUCAUUAAAUUGUUAACAAAAAAAAACAGUGUCCACAUAAUGUACAGUUUAGUUUGCACACAAAAAGUAUAAGAAAUAAAUCACCAACCAGAAAUGUAUUGCUUUCCUCACCAUUAUUUUGGAGAAUUCAGUGAAAACCUUUGAGGCAGUUUAGUGUACCCUUCGCAGACCUUUUGUGUACACCUUGUUAAGACUUUGGGACCCUUUGUGGACGUAUGGUGUACGCUGUGUGGAACCUUUGUGUCCACGUUCUGUGCCCUUUGUUGACACUAAUGGUUGACAAUUUCUGUUGAUGCUUUGGUGGAGCCUUUCUUGACAAUUUGUGGACCCUUUGUGUACACUGUAUGGAAGAUUUGUGCACCCUUUGUUGACACUUCGCUGGCCCCUUUGUGCACAUGUUGGGUACCAUUUGGUGGUUUAUCUUUUCUUCGUCUUCACUUUUUGUUCCUCUCAUGCGGACACUUUACGGACGACCUUGUGGAACCCACCUUUGGACCCUUCGUGGAUACUUUUCGCACCCUUUGUUGACAUUUUGCGGCGCCGCUCACGUCCACACG